CUUAGCCGGACAGAGAGGUGUGUUGCAAUCUGGCUUUUCUGGUUCCUCAUAGUGAUCCUGUGACACAAUGUAGGUGGCUGCUGUGCCUUGAUCCACCCAUGAAGCUCACACUUUCUCGAGUCAUGUGGGAGAGGCAGCUGCUGCUGGGGCUUCUGUGUCUGCUGCUAUGGGGACGUGAUGUAUUCGGGCUUCGUAAUGAAGAGAUCGUAUUCCCAGAGCAGAUCCUGGCCAGAGAAAGGAGAGACACCGGACAGAAUGAUACGGGCCUUUGGGAGGAUAGUUUGUCAUAUAUCAUCCCGACAUCAAACGGCACUCUACUUCUAAACCUCCAGAGGAACAGAGACUUUAUUAGCAAAGACUUUGAACAUUUUACCUACAGCAAAGAUGAUGGACUGCAGAAGCUCAAUAGAAGAGUGUCAGAAUACAAUUGUUAUUAUUAUGGACAAGUGGAUGGAAUAGACGACUCGGUUGUUGCUCUCAGCACUUGCUAUGGCCUCAGGGGAAUUAUGUACAUGAGUGAAUUGCAUUAUGGGAUUGAGCCAGUGAAAAAUUCAUCAAAUGGAGAACAUCGACUGUACCAGUUUGAGGAGCCUGAUGAACCAGCCAUGUGUGGUGUGGAGGAUUUCAGCACAGAGUCCCCAGAAUCCUUACUGUCUUCAUAUUUCAGACUCCGCAGGAAGAAACGAGCUACUCUUCUUACUCCCAAUUACGUGGAGCUCGCUGUAGUAGUAGAUAAUCUGCGGUACAAAAUGGACAAUUCCAACAGUACAGCUGUAGAAGUGCAGACCAUAGAACUGAUCAACAUUGUUGAUGGGAUGUUUCAGCCUUUGAACAUUCGAAUUGUUAUAACUUACUUGCUGACAUGGAUCACGCAAAAUCCCUUUGAUGUUAGCACUGGGUCUGCCGGCGAUGUCCUGGGGAGAUUUGUUCAGUGGAGAGAAAGCACUCCGGGUCUGAAGAGAUGUGACAUCUACCACCUUCUCAUCGGGCAUGGUGCUUUCCAAGGAGGAGUGAUCGGCAUGGCAUUUGUUGGCACAAUUUGCUCACCUAGACUGGGCAGCUCCAUCAGUACAUUCAGCGGCUCUCCUCAGUCACAUGCAUCGGUGGUGGCUCAUGAACUUGGUCACAUCCUUGGAAUGAACCAUGAUGAUACCGAGUGUAAAGGGAGCUACAUCAUGCACAGUGCAGACAUUGGUGCAAAAACAUUCAGUACCUGCAGUGCUAAUGACUUUGGGUCACUAAUCCAGAGAGGUGGAGGAGACUGCCUUCGUAAUCCUCCCGACCCUGACCAGGUCCUGAGCAUCCCAGUCUGCGGGAACAACCUAGUGGAAAAAGGAGAAGAAUGCGACUGUGGAUCACCACAGGAUUGCAAGAACCCGUGCUGCAAUGCUGCCACCUGCAGGCUAACUAGUGGAUCGCAGUGUGCCCAGGGAUUGUGCUGUGACAAUUGCAAGUUCAGGGUGGCUGGCACACCUUGCCGCCCCCAGGCUAACUCAUGUGACUUUCCGGAGUAUUGCAAUGGCUACUAUUCCUUGUGUCCUGUGGAUGUUUAUGUCAUGAAUGGCUAUCCCUGUAAUAAUGGCCAAUAUUACUGCCAUGGUGGCGUUUGCCAGACCUUUGAUGCACAGUGCCAGGCUUUGUUUGGACCAGGUACAAGAAAAUCAGUUGAUGAGUGUUUCCAGCAAGUGAAUAAACUUGGCACGCAGUAUGGGAAUUGUGGUAUUGUGAAUGGAGCUUUCAAGCGAUGUUUGAUAGAGAACAGUCUGUGUGGAAAGCUGCAGUGUUCAGGGACUUAUAAUGACAGUUUGGCGAGCAGCAUCAUAAUCAAUAAUUUUGCAAAUGUGAAAUGUGUUGGAGCAGACUUCAACCUAGGCCCCGAUGUGCCUGACCCGGGAAUGGUGCAUCAGGGGACAGCCUGUGGCCAGGGCAAGGCCUGUGUCAACUAUGAAUGUGUGAAUGACACUGCGCUGGGAUUCAACUGUGACAUCAAAGGGAAAUGUAACGACCGCGGGGUGUGCAACAACAAUGGAAAUUGUCACUGCAAUGAUGGCUGGGCCCCUCCAAACUGUGACAGGUCAGGCUACGGUGGAAGUAUUGAUAGUGGACCUACUCAUAUUGAUACUUCAUUACGUGAUGGACUGCUGGUAUUCUUCCUGCUGAUUUUGCCCAUCAUCAUCCUAGCCAUUGUCAUGUGGAUAAAGCGCGAUGCAAUUAGAAGGAGGUGUUGCCGAAAAAAGAGAAGAAACAGACAUGAAACUGCACAAAGACCCAUACAAACCACACAAAACUAUUACGCAAAUCAAAAUGCUGCCAGUAAUGCACCAAGGAACCAGGAUGCUGCUGCUGCACACAUUGAAGUAAAUGACGGUGACAGCGGCCGCAUCCUGCUGCAGGAAGACCAGGACGCACAUAAAAGCCCGGUGUGCAUGAGGCCUGUGUAUAAAUAG